CUUAGGACUAAGAUGUUUCAAGAUAUGUCAUUUUGAACCGAAAACAGCCUUAUGCUGGUUAAUAGGUUGCAACUAAUGAAACCCAUGUUUUGUUUUUUUAAGAGAAUGAAACCCAUGUUUUUAGAUCGAGAAGUUUUGGUGUGUAGCCAGGAAAUGCAUGUCACGAUUAUGGGAUAAUUAUAUGAAUCAGAUUGUUGUUGAGUAAUGGCUUUGACCAUCCAGAAAAUGUGAAAAACGGAUUUAAGGAAAUGACCGUUACUAUUAACUGUCAUUCAAAAUUGAAUAUUCGUUGUUUAACCCCCCACCAUAACCGACUUCCUUAGUUCCCGCUUGGACCAAGAAAAAUUAGCAUCUGCCUCCCUCUUCUGUCUUCUUUAUCUUUGUCUGUCACACCUUGAAUUCUAUGCAAAUAAGCACCUUGACUGAAUUUGUGUGUGUGUGUGUGUGAGGGAAACAGAGAUAGAGAGACCAAAAGUUUCUUGUCAGAGUUUCGGAAAAUCCAAUAAACCAAAUGGAGAACAGGAGCAAUAAUGUGUCUCAGAAAGAGGGCAAAGCCAAAGUUGGGAAGCCCCCGACGAGGCUACAGAAGCAGGCCCCAGCAUCUCUCCAGCUUGACAAGGUUGCUGUCUAUGGUGAAACUUCGAAGGCAAUUCCAUUUCUGUCGCCACUUAUUCUAUCCCCACAACCAUUGCCGAAGACAUUAGAAAUAAGAUCGGGGAAGAGUGGCAGUAAUGAGGAAGAAGACAAUGGUGCGAAGAGAAGUAAAGCCUUACCACCUGGGGGUGGGUGGCAACAUCCGGCUGUGCCCAUCUUCACUGAGCCUGAGGCCUUGUUUACUUGCUUUCAAUCACAGUGCUUGCUGGUGGACAAUGUGCAGUGAUAUUUUGUUGCCAGUGUGAAUUUGCAGAUAGGGAUCCUCCCCUUCCCUCCCCCACUCGACCAUUGAUCUUUUUCUGCUUGUUUUGCUUCAUUUUUCUUGAAUAUGGCAUCCACGGAUGGCUUUCAUCCUUGAUUUCUGCAAGAAAGAUGUGAGGUUGUUUCCAACUAAUGAAUUUACACACAUUCGUCAGACACAUUUUAUAUAUUUUAAGUGAAAAUUUUGGUUUUAUUAUACGUUCAAAUUUAAAAAAUAUUGAUUUUUUUUAUUAGUAGGUAGUCUUAUUCUUUUUUUAUAUAUAAAUAUUAUUGCUAUUAAUAAAUAUAAAUUUUGACUUUUAUAUAAAAUCAUUUAACUUUUAUAUAAAACUAUGUUAGUCGGAUCCAAUGGGUUAUGUAAGUUAGUUAAAUCCAUUUACAUGAAUUGUGUUGAAAUGAGUCAUAUCAUGUUAAUACCCAUUUCUAAUUAAUUAUUAAAUAAGUCAAAACGAAUUACACGAUACAACCUACUAUUUAAAUAGAUCAUGUUAAGAUUUGAGGUAUGAUAUGUUUAGCCUAACGGAUCGAGUUCGAGUUAACCCAUAUACUCGAAUGUCUAUAACUUGACACGACCCACAAACACGAAUUGCCACUCUACCCCUUUGCAUUCCUUUUUUUCUUCUUUUUUCAAUCCUACGAUACUUUUUUUCUUCUUUUUUCAAUCCUAUGAUACUUGUACAUGGCACAAUGGCAAAAGGUCUUCGGGUGGAUGGGUUUGCAAUUAAAGACUUUUUACUGUCAACCUGCUUC